AUGUAUCUUUUGAUGUUAAUGGAGACCCUGUGGCUGCUUACGAGCUGUCAUGUAUGCAUUUAUUUCUAUUUUCUAUUUCAGGUACCAGUUUCAGUAUGCUCUGAGAGUUGUCCUCCGGGGACUCGUAAAGUGUUGCAGAAAGGAAAACCCAUCUGCUGCUAUGAUUGUAUGCCAUGUCCUGAAGGAGAGAUCAGUAAUAUGACAGAUUCUCUUGAUUGCAUCCCAUGCCCAAGAGAAUUCUGGCCUAACUCAAACAGAGAUGCUUGUUUCCCCAAACCUGUGGAGUUUCUUUCCUUCAAUGAAGUGCUGGGAAUUAUUCUCGAAGUAUUCUCUAUCAGUGGGGCCUGUCUUGCCAUCAUAACAGGAAUGGUUUUCUUUCAUCACAGGACAACUCCAAUUGUCAGAGCCAACAACUCUGAGCUGAGUUUCCUGCUGCUCUUCUCUCUGACUCUGUGUUUCUUAUGUUCUUUAACUUUCAUCGGAGCACCUACUAACUGGUCCUGCAUGCUGCGGCACACAGCUUUUGGCAUCACCUUUGUUCUAUGCAUCUCCUGUGUUCUUGGGAAAACUAUAGUGGUUUUAAUGGCAUUCAAAGCUACACUUCCAGGUAGUAAUGCCAUGAAAUGGUUUGGUCCCCUACAACAAAGAAUGACUGUAGUGUCUGUCACUUUUAUUCAAGUUAUAAUAUGUACUGUGUGGUUGGUUGUGAGUCCUCCUUUCUCAGUGCAAAAUCUAACCACAUACAAGGAGAAGAUCAUCCUGGAAUGUGCAUUAGGCUCUGCUGUUGGCUUCUGGGCUGUGCUCGGCUACAUCGGCCUACUGGCUGUUUUUUGCUUUGUGUUAGCUGUUCUAGCUCGGAAACUACCUGAUAAUUUUAACGAAGCCAAAAUGAUAACCUUCAGUAUGUUGAUAUUCUGUGCAGUCUGGGUCACAUUCAUCCCAGCAUAUGUCAGCUCUCCAGGAAAAUUUACUGUGGCAGUUGAGAUAUUUGCCAUUCUGGCCUCCAGCUUUGGACUGAUACUGUGCAUAUUUGCUCCAAAGUGUCUCAUUAUUUUGUUUCAACCAGAGAAGAACACUAAGAAAUUUUUAAUGGGCAAAAAUCAAACAUAAAGUAUUUAACCUUCUUUCUGCUCUUCUCCCUGAUCCUGUUUUUCUUAUGUUCAUUAACUUUCAUCGGCACACCUUCUGAGUGGUCCUGCAUGCUGCUGCACACAGCUUUUGGCAUCACCUUUGUUCUCUGCAUCUCCUGUCUUCUUGGGAACACUAUAGUGGUUUUAAUGGCCUUUAAAGCUACACUUCCUCGUAACAAUGUCACUAAA